GAAUAUGUUCUUUGCUAACGGCAACAUCCGGUUAGAUACAGUAUGGCGACUUCGAAGGGAGCAAACAACUAUAACAGAUUAAAUUGGGAAGAUUCGGAAUUCCCCGUGUUAUGCCAGACAUGUCUUGGAGACAAUCCGUACAUACGAAUGACCAAAGAACGCUUUGGGAAAGAAUGCAAGAUUUGUUCCCGUCCUUUUACUGUGUUCAGGUGGUGUCCUGGGUCAAGAAUGAGGUUUAAGAAAACAGAAGUUUGCCAGACUUGCAGUAAACAAAAAAAUGUUUGUCAGACAUGUCUGCUUGAUCUUGAAUAUGGUUUGCCUGUCCAGGUUCGAGAUUAUGCUCUAAAUCUGAAAGAUGAGAUACCUAAAUCUGAAGUCAAUCGGGAGUACUAUUCUCAGAAUAUGGAACGAGAAGUUUCAAAUACUGAUGGUUCCCAACCAUUUGGAGCUUUGGCGAAAGCUCAACCCCAUAGUGAUCUCUUAAUGAAACUUGCUCGUACCACACCAUAUUAUAAAAGAAAUAGACCUCAUAUUUGUAGUUUUUGGGUUAAAGGUGAAUGCAAACGUGGUGAAGAAUGUCCGUACAGGCACGAGAAACCUACUGAUCCAGAUGAUCCAUUAGCAGAUCAGAAUAUCAAAGAUCGAUAUUAUGGGGCAAAUGAUCCUGUUGCUGAUAAAUUGUUAAGGAGAGCAGCAGCUAUGCCAAAAUUGGAGCCACCAGAAGACAAGACAAUAACUACUUUAUAUGUAGGAAAUCUUGGUGAAAAAGUUACAGAAAAAGAGCUCAAAGAUCAUUUUUAUCAGUAUGGAGAAAUACGCUCCAUUACAUUACUAAGCAAACAGCAGUGUGCUUUUAUCCAGUUUACUACAAGGAAUGCAGCAGAAUUAGCUGCAGAGAAAGCUUUCAAUAAAUUAAUUCUAUGUGGAAGGAGACUUACAAUAAAAUGGGGCAGAUCACAAGCCAAAAUAAGUACUGGAGGAACUAAAGAAGCAGAACCUAAGAAUCUGGAACCAGUUCCAGGCUUACCUGAUGCUCUUCCAGCACCUCCUGAAGAAUUGGCUAAUAAUUAUUUCAAUUUACCUCCUACGCCAUCAAUGCUGUCUUCUGCACCACCUCUUCCACCAUACCCUCCUCCUAUGGCAAUGUUAAGAGGUCCACCACCAAUUGGUAUGGGCUUCACAUUGCCACCACCUCCUCCUCCUUCAUUGCAAUACAUGAGACAUCGAAGUGUAUCUAUGAGACCUCCUCCUGUGACUAUGCCUCCUGGUUUACGACCACCUGGUUCUUAUCCUCCGCCUCCAUUACCCUCACAGCCUACCACAACUGCAUCUGAAGAAACAAGUACACCAUCCAAACCUGCCAUUCACUAUCCUUCUCAGGAUCCACAACGAAUGGGCUCAUCUGGAGCUGCUAAAGCUUAGAUGGAGAACAAUGUAUAUUAAAAAAAAAAUAAUACACAUAGUGCUUCUACAUAUUAUUAUACCAUCUAUAUUCCUUUUGUAAUAAAAGGUCUUUUUUUUUUUUUUUUUUUUUUUU